AUGCUGAAAUAUAUAAUUUACAGCUUUUUGCUUGCCACUCUAACAGAUUCAUCAUGCUUGUUACCUGGAAAUUGCAGAUUUGAAGUUUCUGAUAAAUCUGGCAAAAGUUUCGAAAAUGCAAGAAAAGACUGCACCAGACAGAAAAUGAAACUUCUGGAGAUCAAAGAUGCAUUCACACAAUCAGAAGUUGAACGUUUCAUGGCAACAAAUCCGGAUUUAAAAGGUUUCUACCUAUGGCUGAAUAUCCAGGUUGUAAAUGGCUCUUUAUAUUGGGAGCCGAUGGAGCCAGUUGGGUUCACUAAAUGGCCAUCCGGAGAACCACAACCAAUUAAUUUCAAAGCUGUACUUAUAAGCUGUACAACCGCUGUUGUUGAAGCAGCUGUAGGAGCAGUGUUACAUACAACGGAAUGCUUUUGGAUGGUUCAGUAUUCACUGGAAGAAAACCAUCCUUACUUGUGCUACGAAGAUUUAACAGCAGUUUCUCCCGACAUGUUCAACAACAUAGACGGCAAAAACUUCAACCCAUUCAAUAAUCUAAACAUCAACAAAAACAAUCAAGUCAUCAGUACAGACAAAAGCAUCAUCAUGAAAAACAAAAUUGACGUCACCAGAACAGAGAAUAAUAUUAAUAUCGAAAACACUAACUACCAACUACCACUACCUGCCAACCCAGGUUCCUCCUUCUCACCAUCAAACAUUGGCUUUGCAGUUGGCGUUUCUUUAUCUUUGGCCUUCCUAGUCAUCGUCAUAUCUGUCGCCGUCGUUGUAUUUUAUAGAAGAAAAAGACGCAAGAAUUUGCAAAACAAUACAACGCCACGACAACUACCCCCACCGCCACAACAACAACAACAAGAAUACGACAAUGGCUACGCUAGAGUUGUUCAAUUAGGCAGCAACAACACUACCAUUUCUAACAACAACAACAACGUCAAUUUAAAUUAUGUUGAUCUAAGUUACGCCAACAACAACAACGACAAUGACAAACAACAACACUUAUACAACAAUAAUAGUGGAUAUGAUGAACUCAACUCAAUUCGAUUAAACAACGACACCAACAACACUGAUAACGGCUACGACUUUCUGAAUAACUCUCAAGACUACAGCAACAACACCAACAACCAUACCAAUGCAACUGCCUACUAUAACAUCAACAACAAAUAA